AUGGAAAAAAACAAAGCCAAGAACGGUUCAAAGUCUUCUCCUUUCGAGUUCAACAAGAGUAAAGGUGAUGGUUUUGACAAAACUGGUAAGAACAAGAAGAAUCUCGAAAGAAAAAUACGGAAACUAAAUACCAACAAUACUGCUUACACUCAGGUCCUUCGAACGGGAAUGGAUACACAAGAUACCUCGUCUUCUGUAUUACUCUUCUUUGAUAAUCAAAGAUUCAUCUUUAAUGCUGGAGAGGGCUUGCAACGUUUCUGUCAUCAAAACAUAAGAUCUAACUAUCAAAGAGUUAUAAUAAUGUGUGCAUGCUUUGAUCUUAAUGUUUAUCGGAGUGAUGUGUUGGGAUCUUCAGUACCUGGUCCCAUUGUUCUCCUUGUGGACUGUCCAACUGAGUCACACGUUGCACAACUGUUAUCAGCGGAGUCUUUGCUGGCCACCGAAGAUGAUGAAGAAGAGGAGUAA